UGUUAGGCAAUGGAAAGUUGAUCAAGUUUCUAAUUGGUUGCAAGAAAAUAGUUUUAGGGAAUAUCAAAAGCUCUUUGCUGAAAAUGAUAUUAAUGGAGAUGUACUUUUAGAACUUGAUCAUGAAAUUUUGAAAGAAUUAAAAAUCAGGUCUAUUGGUGAUCGACUCAGACUCUUGAAUGCUGUAAGGACCUUACUGAAAAUUUGUGCAGGGAAUAAUCUACCUUAUCAUUCCAUAGUUAAAUAUGCUAAGGUUUGUUUCUUAAUUUUUGUUUAUUCCUCAUAUACGUUUCCAAUUUCUCUCUCGAGAUCAAAUUCAAAUGUUCGCUCGCGCACAAGAUCAAAUUCUACUAAUCGUGGAUAUUCUCCAAGUUUACCUUCCCAACAGGAAAUUCUCGUAAUUCCUAUUGAGAGUAUCAAGCAGGCAAUUUUAAGCACUAUUAAAGUUUAUGGUGAAGAAGGCCAAACACGAACUAUUUCACUAAAUAAUAUCGUUGACGCAGAGUCGAUUUUAAAACGUAUUUUACAAAAAUUUAAUAUUAAUGAAGACGUUGAAAAUUAUUCAUUAUUUGCCAAUCUGAGUGAUAUUGGCGAAACACGAAGUUUAAGUGAUGAAGAAAUAGUUGAAAUAUGUAGAAGUUCCGAUAGACCAGAACGUGAAAGGCUCACUUUACGAAAGAAACAUCUUCUAAAAAUGAGUUAUGAGAAUUCAAAAAAACAAAAAAAAGAUUUAGAAAAAUUUUUUGGAGAAAGACCACCAGAUGGUCCACAAGUUGGAGUCUCUAAAAAAAAAUUAAGAGAUUUCUUUGGUCAACGUCCUCCUUCUGAAUUAAUUCAAUUAAAUUUGACGGAAUACUUUCCUGGUCAUAAUAGCGAAGAACUUGAACGUAGUGUUGCUAGAAAUUCCAUUUAUAGAAACUCCAUUUAUAGAAACACGAUUUAUAGAAGAGCAUCAAGAGUUUCUUCGGCCUCUAAACUUUCAAUACAAAAAUCAAAGCGUACAUCUAAAUUAGACGAUGAUAAUAAUAGUAUUAGAUCAAAGCGUACAUCUAAAUUAGACGAUGAUUAUAAUAGUAUUAGAUCAAAACGCACAUCUAAAUUAGACGAUGAUUAUAAUAGUGUUAUGUCAAAACGUACAUCUAAAUUAGACGAUGAUUAUGAUAGUAUUAUAUCAAAACCUACAUCUAAAUUAGACGAUGAUUAUGAUAGUAUUAUAUCAAAACGUACAUCUAAAUUAGACGAUGAUUAUGAUAGUACUAUAUCAAAACGUACAUCUAAAUUAGACGAUGAUUAUAACGAUUAUAACAGUGAUAGAUCAAAACGCACAUCUGAAUUUGACGAUGGUUAUAAUAAUGAUAGAUCAAAUACUGUUACUGUUUCUAAUUAUGGUGAUGAUAGAUUAAGUAUAUUAAUGGAAACUUCAAUAAGUUCCGAUACAACCAUUCAAGAGCAACAGGAGGAAAGUUCCGAUACAACCAUUCAAGAACAACAAGAGGAAGAUGGUGAUUACUUCCAAGAUUUUGAUUAUGAGGACGAAGAAGAUUUGGUAUCUGAUCCAGAAAUAAUAGAUGUCGACCAUUUUUCAAAGAAGUGGAUAAAAGGCAAUUUUAUAGGCAUGGGUUCUUUUGGUAGCGUAUAUCUUGGACUUAAUGCUUUUACUGGAGAAUUAAUGGCUGUUAAGCAAGUGGAAUUACCUACCGAAAAUUCCUCAAAUAAUGAACGUAAGAAAACAAUGUUGGAUGCUCUGCAAAGAGAGAUUACACUCUUAGAAGAGUUGCAGCAUGAGAACAUUGUACAAUAUCUCGGCUCACAGUAUGAAGAAGGAACAUUUAACAUUUUCUUGGAAUAUGUACCUGGCGGAUCAGUAGCCACAAUGCUUAAUAAUUAUGGCCCAUUAGAAGAGCCAUUAAUUCGAUCAUUUGUUAGGCAAAUUUUACAAGGACUGAAUUAUUUGCACGAAAAAGACAUUAUACAUAGAGAUAUUAAAGGCGCUAAUGUUUUGGUGGAUAAUAAAGGAAUAAUCAAAAUAUCGGAUUUUGGAAUUUCGAAAAAAGUUGAAGAUC